GAAUGCCCAAAUGACGAGAAAGGCUGUGAAAUUGCCACCCGCCUGUCUUCAAGCUUCAUCCACCACGACCCAGUAUCAGGAGCCCCCAAAACGCCGCAAUCAACCUCCACACCAAUCUAAACACAAUGUUGAUGGUGUCAAGGUAUUUUAGGAGAACACUCUUUUCUGCAGCUAAAUCAGAAACUUCUGCUGCUGCUGCUUCAGCUAGGACGACGGGACAUAACCCUCUUGAGGAGUUCUUUGAGGCAGAUAGAAGCCAAGAUGAAGAAAAGCCAGUUGUCUACGGUCGAAGUUGGAAAGCAUCUGAACUGCGUCUGAAGUCUUGGGAUGAUCUCAACAAGCUAUGGUUUGUUCUGCUUAAGGAGAAAAACAUGCUGAUGACUCAACGCCAGAUGCUUCAGGCCCAGAAUCUACGGUUUCCUAAUCCUGAGCGCCUUCCCAAAGUGAGGAAGUCAAUGUGCCGUAUCAAGCAUGUUCUGACUGAGAGAGCAAUUGAAGAACCUGAUCCCAGGAGGUGUGCUGAGAUGAAGAAAAUGAUAAAUGCUUUGUGAUAACUUAAAUAUUCUCCAUCUCCAGAAGCACUGUUAUGUUUGUGCACAGCCGAUGCUGCCCUUUUUCUCCUUGUAGGACUAGAAACUCGUAGUGAUUUAAUAUUUUUACGGAUUAGCGGACAACUCGUAAUCUUUUCUUAGAAUCUAUGAUGGUUGUCUUUGUGUUCUGAUGUAGUCUUAUGGUGACUUUGUUAGCAAAUAAUUGAAUACUAUUUGUUCCAGUGGCUUUCUGGCUCGAGUUUCUUCAA